AAUAGUGAUAUUAGUAAUAUAUUUGGAGAAAUGCUAUAUUUGAAGCCAAUCUGCGCCGCACAGCUUGAAGCCAAGAAGCCAAUAUAUGCUAAACCCUAAUCAGUGCCUCCUAUUUCCUAAUUCCUCAUUCCUAAUUUGCGCCGCACAGCUUGAAGCCAAGAAGCCCCCAAUCUCCAAGCCUGCAUCCACCCGUCGCCGACUCGCCGCUGCCCCACCCGUCUCCCCCAACACCGCGGUGCCUCUGCUGUUCUGCGCGCUGCUGCUGCUGUUGUCGCUGCUGCAUCUGAUCUGCACCGGUCGCCGCGCCUGCUCCAGAGCCUGCAUCGCCGCCUGCAUCUGCACCGGUCGCCGCCCCUGCUCCAGAGCCUGCAUCGCCGCCUGCAUCUGCACCGCGCCGCCCCACCCUUCCGGCCGCAGAUCUGCUCGCCGCCUGCUCCAGAGCUUGCACAGCGUCGCCGCACCGCCUGCACCCUGCCGGCAGCAGAUCUGCUCGCAGCCGAGAAUCCAGUUAAGUUACAAGCUUGGAGGAAGAUUGAAUGCUUGAACACCACUUAAGUUACAAGCUUGGAGGAAGAUUGAAUGCUUGAUAUUUGUUCUAGUAUCAUGUUAUUUUGAUGUAUUUGAAACUUUUCAUGAUGUAUAUUUCUACAUGUAUAUUGUUUAUUUUACAAUAUUUUGAAUUUAAGCAGCAAUUAUAUUAUUUAA